AUGGCAUCAAUUUCGGGAAAAAUACUCAGACGAUCAGCCGCUCUUCUGAAUGUCAACGUUACACGAUCGUAUGCUCUACCGGCUGAUCCUUUGGCAAGGUUCAAGGCGAUCGCGAAUGCAUCUGACGAAAGGCAUCGAGUUCUGAUCACCGGAGGACUUGGUCAACUUGGCCGCGGUCUGAACACUGUAUACAAAUACAUGUAUGGAGAGGACAGCGUAUGGAUGACCGACAUUGUCAAGGCACCAAGUAAUGCUUCAGAUAUAAACAACUAUUCCUAUCUGGAUAUACUGAAUAGGGACGCAAUCGAACGACUCGUGGUCGACAGACACAUCGACACUAUCGUUCAUUACUCCGCACUACUCAGUGCUAUCGGAGAACAAAAUGUCAACUUAGCCUUACAAAUCAACUGCCGUGGAGUGGAAAACGUUCUCGAGGUUGCCAGAAAACACCAACUGAAAGUGUUUAUUCCGUCAACAAUCGGUGCCUUUGGUCCGACAACACCACGUGACAAUGUUCCUGACCUAACUAUUCAGGAACCCACCACCAUCUACGGAGUAUCAAAAGUAUACGCUGAACGACUAGGAGAAUAUUAUUAUCACAAAUUUGGUACCGAUUUCCGUUGUCUACGUUUCCCGGGUAUCAUUUCGGCUACAAAGCCUGGAGGAGGAACUACAGAUUAUGCCAUUCAAAUCUUCUAUGAUGCUCUUGAGAAAGGAAAACACAUAUGCUACCUUCGCCCCGAUACGAUGUUGCCAAUGAUGUACGAUACCGACUGUAUGGCUUCUGUCGUACAGUUCCUCGCGGCACCAUCUGAGUCACUCAAACGUCGAACAUACAACGUGACUGGAUUCUCAUUC